AUUUAUUUAAACCUUUUAAUGUGCGCAUCAGCACACACACGUUCGCGCUUCUCUUAUCUAUAAUGUUGGCAGCGCACACGGCGGCUGUCAAUCCUCCCCCGUGUUUUCUUUCUUUCUUUUUCUCCGGUCCCAGCCGUCGGCUCGGAUCGGCGCGGUCGCGUUCGUGCUAAUCCAAAAACAGGAAGCUAUCAAAUUUUAACUAGCUGCUAUUCUUGAGAGCAAAUAUUCAGCGAGCGGCUGGAGUGCGAGGCGCAGCACCCUCGGUAUUUUCCGAAUUUUCGCCAUUCGUCCAGGGUGGUUUGAGUGACAAGAGAGGGAAGAAGAGAGAGGGAGUGCGGGGAAUUCGCUGAUGCCUGCUGCUGCUGGCUAUUGAUUAUGCCAGGCUUCGCCAGCAAUGUGCCAAGGGAUGGUUUUAGCGUGCGCAACACCACUUGACAACCCCAGCACAGCCAUUUUUCGCGAGCGACGCAGAUAGGCCUGAGAAUGAACUUUCUGUAAUGUGAGACAUGUAAAAGCAACAUGAAAUUCUGGUGGCUGCUGCUGGUGGUGCUGUGCGUGCUCUCGCCCGUGCUGGCCGAUGACAACUCCACCAUCGAAGAAGAUUACGGGCCCCUGAAUGAGGACGAGGACGAGGAGGCCGACGCCACCGAGGAUGACCUGCACCUCGAGAGCCAGGAUGAGGAGAGUGACGGGGACUCGUACCACAACUGGUUCAACUCGUCCAAGUACAACAUCUCGGUGAUUGCGACUUGGCUGCAGAAUAUACACUGCGUCAAGUGGGCCCCUCCGAACCACAUGUACUUUCAAAUGGCCAACACGUUCUUUUUCCUGUCGUACUUGGCGCCCAACGGCACCUACGGCAUCCUCUACCUGAGGUGCACCCUGCUUGUCGGCUGUGCUUUGUUCGCCCUCUGGGGCUGGACAGUGUUGUGCUCGCUGGACGCUUUCCUCUGGAACGCAAACUUUGUUGCCAUUAACUUUGUCCAUGUCUGUGUUCUGCUGUACUAUCUUCGUCCCAUCAAAUUCUCACGGGAGAUAGAGGAGGUGUACAUGGCCCUGUUUUACCCUCUCAAAGUGUCAAGGCACCAGUUCAAAAAGGUGCUUGACUGCAUGAAAGAAAUCCGCUCACUCAGGUACCAAGAAGUGUAUGCUCACGAGAAAUCCACUAAAGUAGACAGCCUCUCCUUAGUUUUGUCUGGAAAACUUGUCGUUUCGCAGAAUGGUCGAGCCCUUCACAUUGUAUUUCCUCAUCAAUUCCUAGACUCUCCAGAGUGGUUUGGAGUAUCCACUGACGAGUACUUUCAAGUGUCAAUAACUGCCAUGGAGGAGGCGCGAGUUCUGCUUUGGCAUCGGGACAAGUUGAAGCUGAGCAUAAUCACCGACCAGUUCCUGCAGGCAGUGUUUGAUCACAUCCUGGGCCGUGACGUUGUCAAAAAACUGAUGCAGGUAUCGGUUAGUGAGACAAUGGCAGCCAGCAAUAAUGGCAAUUUACCCAACAAUUUUGAUGACGCUGAGGACAAACCUAUGCUGCUGAUCAAAAAGCCCGGCGACGGCCCUGGCAUUUCUGCGCUGAUCAACAGGCAGAUCCAAGGUUUGCCUAGGAUAAAGUAUUAUUACUAUGCCGCAGACCCUAAUGCCUGGAGACUAGGCCGCAUCGAGGAAACCGACCACGAGACAACCGUGUGACCCUAGACUGGGCAGCAAGUCAAUUCCAACGCAAUCUCGCCCUGGCACAACUAACUUUCAUACAUAAUGCGUUAACUCUCUCACUUCUGUGCUCCAUUUUCUCGAAAGUGAUAUUUAAACUACCAAAAUAUUUUGUCACAAUUUAAUUAAUUUUAUUAAUAGACCUUUUUUAAUCUCUAGGUUAAGAAUAAUUUAAAAUCUAAUGACUGAUUUUGCAUAUAUUUAAAUUCAUUGAUUUUCUUAAAGAUUUUCUACGUGCAGAUACUUAAACGUAUAUAAAUAUAUUGUUACAUUUCAAUGUACUAAAAAAUGAUCUUAAAAGAUUUAUUUGUUUGGCGCCACGCUGUGGGUGCUCUGUGACUAUUCCUUGACAAGUGACGUUGGUCUCACAACAAAAUGUGUGCCUUUCCUGUAAUCAAUCAACUGAUGUAAACUAUGCUGCUUUGUUUUGUAACCUCCCACAUUGUUUGGCGUUGCAUAACAGGGAUUUAACAAUCUUAAUGUAACUCUAGUGAAUAUUAAGCCCACCUGACCUGUCGAGCGAGCGCCCUCGGCAAGUGUGUAAUCUGCUUGGGUUUAUUCCCAUUUUAAUAAAGUCGUCACUACCUAACAUAUUAAUGUA